AUGCGUGGGGCGUGCGCAUGCGCGGUGGUGUGCGCGUUGGUGGCGCUGUGUGCGGCCGGCGGGCCGGACGAGGAGAGCCUUGCCGCCGCCGAGCGGCAGCUGCUGGCACUGCUGGGGCUGCCCCGGCGCCCUUCGCCCCGUUCCCGCCCGCCGACACCAGUGCCGCAAGCUAUGCGCAUCUUGUAUGAUAUGCGAGGCGCGCUUCCUGCCGCCGCCGCCAACACGGUGCGCUCUUUCUACCACACCGCUACGGACCUCGACGACCGCUUCCCUCAGGAGCAUCGCUUUCGCCUAUAUUUCAACAUAAGUGGCGUACCCGGCGACGAGGUCGCUCGCGGCGCGGAUGUCACCUUUCAACGCGCCGUCGGUGUCGUCGGCACGCAGAGGCUGCUGCUCUACGAUGUGGUCCGCCCGGGCAGACGAGGAAAGAGCGAACCCAUUUUGAGACUCCUCGAUUCAAUUCCGCUACGACCCGGCCAAGGCUCGGUCGCGGCGGACGCCCUCAGCGCGGCGAGAAGGUGGCUCAAGGAACCGCUACAUAAUCAUGGCCUAUUAGUGCGCGUCAUAGACGAGACCGUAGGUAAUGAAAGUAUAAAAUUUCCACAUAUUCGCGUCCGACGGCGCGCCACAGACGAGCACGAGGAAUGGAGCGCUAUCCAGCCUCUGCUGAUGCUUUACACGGAGGACGCGAGAGCCAGAACGGCUCGGGAGCGUGGAGAGACGUCGCUGACUAGAAAUAAGAGAGCGACGCAGCGCAAGGGCCACCGGCCUCACCACAGGCGCAAGGAGGCGCGGGAGAUCUGCCAGCGGCGCCCUCUGUUCGUGGACUUCGCGGAUGUGGGUUGGAGUGACUGGAUUGUCGCCCCCCAGGGCUACGAAGCCUACUAUUGCCAGGGCGACUGCCCCUUCCCAUUAGCGGAUCACCUCAAUGGUACUAACCAUGCGAUUGUGCAGACUUUAGUGAACUCAGUGAAUCCGGCCGCGGUGCCGAAAGCGUGUUGUGUGCCGACGCAACUUUCCUCUAUAUCUAUGUUGUAUAUGGACGAAGUGAACAAUGUGGUGCUUAAAAACUAUCAAGACAUGAUGGUGGUAGGGUGCGGCUGCCGAUGA